AUACCACUAUCGUUACUGUUUCUCACAAAUCAUAUCAUAAACAGAUUACUUAAGUUUAUUUAUUUUUUUCUUAUAAUUUAGAUUUGAAACAUGGCAUCAGCUAUUGGCAUUGUGAUGAUCAUGAUGAUGAUGGUGUCCUUAACCUGUGUAGCAAGUGAUCUAAGUGUGGAUUACUAUGAGCAUACAUGCCCUCAUGUAGACUCCAUUGUAGCUGGUGCCGUACACAAAGCAACCAUGAAUGACAAAACAGUUCCAUCUGCUUUGCUUCGCAUGCAUUUUCAUGAUUGCUUCAUAAGGGGGUGUGAUGGGUCUAUUCUCUUGGAAUCAAAGGGAAAGAACAAAGCAGAAAAAGAUGGGCCACCAAACAUAUCAUUGCAUGCUUUUUAUGUAAUUGAGAAUGCUAAGAAAGCAUUGGAAGCCAUUUGUCCUGGUGUUGUUUCUUGUUCUGAUAUUUUGGCUCUUGCUGCUAGGGAUGCUGUCACUCUGUCUGGAGGGCCAAGUUGGGAAGUACCUAAAGGAAGAAAGGAUGGUAGAAUCUCAAAGGCUAUUGAAACAAGACAAUUACCAGCUCCCACUUUCAACAUCUCUCAAUUACAACAAAGCUUCUCUCAAAGAGGACUUUCUUUACAAGAUCUUGUUGCCCUCUCUGGAGGUCACACCCUAGGAUUUGCGCAUUGUUCAUCCUUCCAAAAUAGAAUCCAUAGAUUCAGCCCCAAACAAGGCAUUGACCCAUCUUUGAACCCAUCAUUUGCAAAAACCCUCCAAAGCAAAUGUCACAUUGGAAACAAGGUGAAAAAUGCAGGGUCCCCAUUGGAUUCAAGUGCAACAUAUUUUGAUAAUGCUUACUACAAACUACUAGUUGGAGGAAAAAGUAUACUCUCUUCUGAUCAAGCUUUACUCUCUCAUCCAACCACUAAAGCAUUGGUUUCCAAAUAUGCUGAUUCCCAAAUUGAAUUUGAAAGAGCUUUUGUUAAAUCUAUGAUUAAAAUGAGUAGCAUCACCAAUGGUGGACACGAAAUCAGACUCCAAUGUAAUGUCAUUAGAUGAUCACUUUAUGCAUUCUAAUUAAUGUUAAAUGGAUGGAGUAGAAAAAACUCCAUAGUCUGUUCCAUAGCAUGUCAUGUUGUAUUUAUGAUCCAUUUAAUCUUCAAUCAAAAUAUAUAAAUUCACUUUUUUAUAUGAUGAAUUUCUAUUUUUUCUCUCUUACAAUUUUACAAACACCUUGUGGAGAGUAUGCAAUCCUUAAAGGGUUCGAAUUGGUUUCAGGAGUAAAGGUAAGUUUUUACAAAAGUUAUAUUUCGGUAUUCACAUCUAGGAUGAGGUUAUGAAUGUAACACUACUUUUCUUUCUUGCAAGAGAGGUCCUUGCCUUUUAAGUUCCUUGGCAUGAAGAUGGGAAUAGUCCUAGGAAACUGUCAAUGUGGACGGAUGUGAUUGAUUAUUUGAAGAGAAGACUCUCCACUGGGAAGAGGAGACACCCCUCGAUGGGAGGUAGAGUAGUGUUGAUAAAUUCUGUUCUAAAUUCUAUUCCGUCAUACACCCUCUCUUUUACAAGGCGCCUUCUAAAAGUUAAGUAUUGAUCAGAUUUAAAAGCAUACAAAAUAGUUUUUUAUGGGGGAGAGAUUCAGAGAUUAGGAAGAAGGUCCACUGAGUGAGUUUAUUGUCGACCUUCAUCAAUUGCUAGAGUCGUCUCCAGUUUCGUCACAUUU